CUCGGAAGGGGAGGAACCGGGGCGUGCAGGACUGGGGCCUGUGUAUCACCUGCUGUAACAAUAAAAAGACCACAAAAUGGAGAAGCUCGGCCUCGGCCAAGAGGAGGAGAGUAACAACCAGCAGGCCAUGGCCGCGCAGAGCCCAGGAGACUCACACCGCGAGAGCAUCCAACGCUGCAUCCAGUCCCUGGUGCACUCCUACCAGUGCCACAACGCCAGCUGCUCCCUGCCGUCCUGCCAGAAGAUGAAGCAGAUAGUGCAGCACACCAAGGACUGCAAGCGGAAUACCAACGGCGGGUGUCCCAUCUGCAAGCAGUUCAUCGCCCUCUGCUGCUUCCAUGCCAAGCACUGCCAGGAGAACGUGUGCCCCGUGACCUUAUGCUUAUAUAUCAAGCAAAAGCUCCGGCAGCAGCAGCUGUAGCACCGGCUCCAGCAGGCCCAGAUGAUCCGAAGGAGGUUGGCCUGCAUGCAGCGGACUGGGGCGGUGGGGCAGCAGCAGGGCCUGCCUUCCCCGACUCCUGCUACUCCAACCACGCCAACGGGUCAGCAGCCAAGCACCCCGCAGACACCCCAGCCCCAGCCCCCCUCGCAGCCUUAGCCCUCCCCUCCCAACAGCAUGCCGCCCUAC